AUGUAUACCGUGACGGUCUCCGUCGCGGGUUUAUGUCUUGAAGGGAUCCGUUAUGUUCAUCGAAUUCUGAAAGGCAAUGAGGUAAAACGGUGUAAGAAUGAGUUACUGAUUGGAUACAUGGCAGUGAUCCUAUGGGCGAUGAGAUCCAGAUAUUUACUGUUUUAUUCGGGAUACGAUAAAAAGAAUGUGUUCUGGCUACAACUCAACGCGUUAAUCUAUGCUGGGAGUAUAUAUUCCUUCCUGUGUAUCAUACUUCAUGCUGAUCCACGUAUUCCCACUCCCCCUCCCUUGGAAUACACCCAAACCCAAAUUUAUCUCGUCGUUGCUCAUUAUUACGUAAUGUUUACAGCUAUUGGUACGGAAAAUUGGCUUCAAGUACUUGCAUGGAUAAUCUCUUUGGCAAGCUCUAUGCACAUUUAUGAGAUUUUGACAAGCCAGAGACCUGAGCCUGCUCCUGUUGCUCCUUCCACUACACCCAACAUCCAAGAUCGACUAGAUGAGAGGGCUCUUGGCGAAAAUCGCGCAGAAACGAGAGCAGAAGUGCCUGACAAUCAGGAAGAAGAGGGAAAUUGA